CGUCGCGCGAUUCUCGGAGGAGCUCUACGGAAUUGACAAUCGGAACAAUCGAAAUGCGCAUAUUUUUCAAUUAGCAUACGUAUAAAACUAGAAGCUGACCGCAGCCUAUGUCGCAUAGUAUCAUGCCGAAAAAUUUGAAUGUGGCGAAUGCAGCAAGUGCGGUAAAUGCGACGAUGACGAAAAAUUCGAAUGCAGCGAAUGUGGCGAAUGCGAAGUUAGACAAGACUCAUCUGUUGCAAAAGUACCUACCUCGAUCUAUCCCAACCGGAAAAUGAGAUCCAGGUGCAGUACAUCUGGAUCGACGGAAGUGGCGAGGAAUUAUGUAGCAAGAUCAAAACUCUGAGCUUCGUGCCGAAACAUCCUUCCGGUAACAGAUGGUAACAGAUCUCGAGAUCUCAACUAGUUCGCUAGUUCCGCGUCGAGUGGUUCGGGCGUGGUUCCGCGUGUUUCAAACAUAACCUUCAAUAACCUCUUUUAUUCAACCGCAUGUGCACUACGCACAAGUGUGAAAAAUGGCUAAAUCUCUACGCAGUAAAUGGAAAAGGAAAUGCAGGGCGAUCAAGAGAGAACGUUACGCGGUAAAAGAAUUAGACAGACUGAAGAAAACUCUUGGUAUUGAUGCUAAUUCAUCGAAGGAUGUCGAAAUGGCAGACAUUAGCGAAAUCGCUACUGUUGUCAACGCUGAAAAAGUAAAAGAAGAUGUGAAGGCUAAGCGGGUCAAAGAUGUGGAGCCUCAGACCGAGACAGGUGAAGAACAGAUGGAAGUGGAAGGUGCUAGAGUGUAUAAUAAGAAAACAUUACGGGAUCAAUAUGGCAAUUAUCCUGCGUGGAUGAGCCACAGGAAGAUAAUGAAGCACAAAAAGGGCAGAGCAAAAACGAAAAAAGCAACCAAGAAGCCAGGCAAGAGACUUACUAGACGACAGAAGAAAGCAAAGGAAGAAAAAUAAAAUUCUUUAAUUGUCGAAUCAAUUUUUAUGUUACUUACUAAUUUUUAAAUAUUAUGAAUA